UCACACCAGCAGCAGCAGCAGCCAGUAGCUCGCGGAUACACUGCACUCCAUAGUCAUAACUCCCGUCCGUACCCUGUGCAACUGCAGCAGCUGUACACGGUUGCGCCGAAUCGACUUGGAGUCAACAGGACGGACUCGUUUGCGCCAAACUCGGUUUGCCCCGACAACAAAAGCACCGCGUCUUGGCCAGUAAGUUUCCAAAGAACAACCACCGUCGGUUGCAGUACUCGUUUGUGAGUUACACUCGGGGCGCGUCCAACGUUGAAGAAAUGAUUCGAGGGCAGAUAUUCGACGUUGGCCCAAGGUACACGAGUCUUUCUUACAUAGGAGAAGGAGCCUACGGAAUGGUCGUGUCGGCUUAUGAUAACGAAACUAAAUGUAAAGUAGCUAUAAAAAAAAUAUCGCCAUUCGAACAUCAGACUUAUUGCCAGCGGACAUUACGUGAAAUAAAAAUAUUAACUAGAUUCAAACACGAAAACAUAAUCGAUAUAAGAAAUAUAUUGCGAGCUGAAACAAUUGAACAAAUGAAAGACGUGUACAUUGUUCAAUGCUUGAUGGAGACUGACUUGUAUAAGUUGUUAAAAACUCAGAGACUGAGUAACGAUCACAUUUGUUAUUUCCUUUACCAAAUACUACGAGGGCUGAAGUAUAUACACUCGGCAAACGUUUUACAUCGCGAUCUCAAACCUAGUAAUUUGCUUCUCAACACUACGUGUGAUCUCAAAAUUUGUGAUUUCGGUUUGGCAAGAGUUGCAGAUCCCGAUCACGAUCAUACAGGAUUUCUUACUGAAUAUGUCGCCACAAGAUGGUACCGUGCCCCAGAAAUAAUGUUGAACUCUAAAGGAUACACAAAAUCCAUUGACAUGUGGUCAGUCGGCUGUAUCUUGGCCGAAAUGUUGUCCAACAGACCCAUAUUUCCCGGCAAGCAUUAUUUGGAUCAGCUGAACCACAUAUUAGGAAUACUCGGUUCUCCGACGGCCGUGGAUUUAUUGUGCAUUAUAAACGAUAAAGCUCGCAGUUACUUACAGUCGUUGCCGUUCAAACCGAAAAUAGCGUUUUCCCAACUUUAUCCGACGGCCGAUCCCAAAGCUUUGGACCUGUUGGACAAGAUGUUGACCUUCAAUCCGCACAACAGAAUCACCGUAGAAGAAGCGUUAGCGCAUCCGUAUCUCGAACAGUAUUACGAUCCUGCCGAUGAGCCAGUCGCAGAGGAACCUUUUAGAUUUGUCACCGAACUGGACGACCUACCCAGAGAGACGCUAAAACAGAUGAUAUUCGCCGAAACUGUUAACUUCAAACAAAACUUGUAAGACCGGUUUUGGGUAUUACGCAUUUACGAUUCCUUACUAUGCUUUAAAACUUACUUUACAAAACUGCAAGCUAUAUAUACAAUUGUGUAAUUUGAUAAUUUAUAAAUCCAUUUUCUUGCUUGUCUAUAUAGUUCUUCAUAUUUAUAUUAUAUUAUAAUACAUUAUUAUUAUUAUAAUUAAAAAAUAUUAUCCAUCUUAGUAUUAAGACGUACGACUUGUAGUUAAAUUCUAUGUAUUAUUAUUAUUAUUAUUAUUAGUUAUUGCCGAUGAAAUAUGUGAUUUUAUUGUUCCAUUUGGAGACCGAUUUGUCAAUCUAUCUGAACGUUGACAAUAUACGUCUGUUCUUAUAAUAAUAAUAAUAAUAAUAAUAAUAAUAAUAGUAUAUUAUUUCUUUUCGUGUGACAAUAUAUAUUAUAUUCGAGUUACGCAGAUUUAAAUGUUAUUAACGUGAUCGUUUAAAAUAAAUCGCCGUACGUACGACCUUAAAAAUUCGAUUAGUCAGGUGUUGUGUUAGACGCUACUAGAAAAUAGUGUUAAUUUUUUUUUUCCGCAUCCGGCCAUUUCUACGUCUCUUUCUAUUAUCUGUGAUAACAUCCAUCGUACUUAUUCGGAUUUUUUUUUUUUAUUUAAUAGUUUAUAUAGAUAUGUUUAGAGAAAUGUAACCGAUUCAGACAUCACAGGAUACGUUUUUUUAUUUAAUUGCGUAU